AUGGAUUCACUGGAAGAGGUCGAAGAAACCGAUUCCAGUCCUGGAGCUGUUGAAAUUGUUUCCACUGUAGAAGAUCAACUGCCAGAGGUAGACCUGUGUGUUUAUUACAAAAAAUUGUUCUGCAUACAGGAAGCAAAAGAAGAUUCUACUGAAAAUGAAAAUGGUAAGAAUAAUAGAGAGAUCUCAACACCUCAGUGCCAUUCUUUAGUUCCAUUAAGACUGCUUCCUGUUAUCCUUGCCUUAUUACUCACCGUGAUCAUAGCAGCUGCCAUUGGCCUGGCUUUAUACUUCAACUGCAUUGGGAGAUUUCGGUGUAGAUCAUCCUUUAAAUGUAUCGAUCAGACAGCAAGGUGUGAUGGUGUUUUCAACUGUAAAGAUGGAGAGGAUGAGUAUCGCUGUGUGAGACUGAGUGGCAAGAAGGCUGUGUUGCAGGUGUUUGCUUUUGGAAUGUGGAGGACUGUAUGUUCAGAUGAUUGGAAAAGCAACUAUGGGAGCAUUACAUGUAAAUACUUGGGUUUCUCAAGCUUUGUGAGUUCGGGUUAUCUCUCUGUGACUGCUAUUGAAGAUGAGUUUCAAAGGUAUUUUGUUACUGCAAGUCAUUGGUUAUCUGCUGAUCAAGCAACAUCUCCACAGAAUGCAACUUUCUUGAGAGAAGAGUGUGUCUCUGGAAAUGUGGUUGUCUUAAAAUGUUUAGAAUGUGGGACUAGAUUCAGAUAUUCCCCACGUAUUGUUGGUGGAAACAUAUCUCUGCCCCAACAGUGGCCAUGGCAGGCCAGCCUUCAGUUUCAAGGAUAUCAUUUGUGUGGUGGAUCUAUCAUCACCUCAUGGUGGAUUGUCACAGCUGCUCACUGUGUUUAUGAUUUAUAUUUUCCUAGUGCUUGGAGUGUGCAAGUGGGAUUUGUAACAAUGGAAGAAAACCCUGUUAAUCCAUACUUAGUGGACAAAAUUAUAUACCAUAAAAAUUAUAAACCCAAAACAAUGAGGAAUGAUAUAGCGCUCAUUAAGCUGGCCAAUCCACUUGUACCUAAUGGUUUUAUAGAGCCAAUUUGUCUUCCUAAUUUUGGAGAAUAUUUUCCAGAAGGGAAAAUGUGUUGGAUAUCAGGAUGGGGUGCUACAGAAGAAGGAGGUGACACUUCAGAAGCCAUGAAUUAUGCUGGUGUCCCUUUGAUUUCUAACAAGGUGUGCAACCGACGAGAGAUUUAUGGAGGAAUUAUAGCUUCUUCAAUGCUCUGUGCAGGUUAUUUAAAAGGUGGCAUAGACUCCUGCCAGGGAGAUAGUGGGGGACCACUGGUAUGUGAAGUUACACAUUCUUGGAAGUUGGUAGGAACUACCAGUUUUGGGGUCGGCUGUGCAGAAGAAAACAAACCAGGGGUCUACAGUCGCACCACCUCAUUCCUAGACUGGAUACAUGAACAAAUGGAGAGAGAAGAAUGGAAGAGAAGAGGGUAGAAUCAUCUCCACCAACUCCUGAAAAUAUAUUUUGUAACCAUCAACAUUCAUUGUAUGUACCUUUUGCAUUUGCUAACAGAAAGGUGGCUGCAGUUAUCUUUUCUAUUAAUCCUAUUACUUUGGGUGAUGCAUCCUAUCUCAUUAUGAAGCACAUUCCCCUUCUCUUGAUGCCUUCACCAAGUACAUAGGAAUAAAAAUACCUGCAUGCCAAGAAUCAUUUUCUGUUAACCCACCCUUCUCUUUCAUGCUGAGAGGGGAAAAAAAGAUCCCUCAUGAUCUGUCAAGAAAUGGAAGAUUUGGAGGUAGAGUCUAUUGAAUGCCCUACUUACUCCAAAGUAAGAAGAACCUCCCUUCAUGGAAAUUGCUAGUGAUGCAGCAAAGGUGUUGGAUCCUGGGUGCCUAUGAUUUCUGAUAUUUGCUACUAAAGAAUCUUUAAUAAAAUGGAAGAUCACAGUACAAAGGAUGGUUGGACUUCAGCAU